CUUACACAGAAUGCAUUUAUUCAUACAAAUUAUGUACUUUUCAGUUAUCAAUAAUCGGUUUCACUUGCUCCGAAUUGCUUGCGCCCAAUUUCUGUAAUGAAACUAGUUACAUUAAAUCUAUUUUUGAUUCUAGUUUUGAUUGAUGCUACUAAGCCACCAAUAUGGGACUCGGUUUACACUCUCACAGGAGUUUUGAACAUUGCGUAUGCCGAAAUCGAAGAGCCGUUUGCAGCGUGGGUUGAUCCAAUUGCACGGCGAUCGCGUAUUCAUUACUAUAAUGGUAUGGUAAAAACCUAUCAAUUUGAAGGUGAAUAUGGACAAUCGUUUAAAGGGGCUCCCAUCACAACUGAUCAGCAGCUAAAUAAAAUAGACUGCACUGAUCCAUUGCUUAUAUGAAAUGUUUUCAAACAGCUUAUCAUCGAUGAUUCCGAAAAGAAUUGAUCGAAGACCAUCUGUAUCAUCUUUUCCAUCAAUUCCAGGACAACGUUCUCUAUAAAGCAACGAAUUGAAGCAGUAACAAUUGAAGCUUCUGUUGGCAUAGGUUAUCGUACUUUGGUUGGACGAAAACGACAUGAGCUGCCACGACGGAAGGCGAAGAAAACAAUUUUUUGUUGUAGAUUCUAAUGUCAACCUAUGACAAUAAUUGCGGUGUUCUCACUGAAGCAACCUAUGUUACU